UUCAUGAGGACAGCCCGUAUCUUGAUGAUAUCAUUGAACUUAUAGUAUUUGACGAAACGAUUAUACGACGAGGAUUUGUUACAUAUGACUCACAUAUACAAUUGAUUGAAUCAAGUUGUUAUUGACAAGUAUUCAAAUUUAAAGAGGUAAAAUGCAUACUCCGUUAUCCCUCAUUGUUAAGAAACUGGCGACUACGCCGCCGGAAAUUGUGUGUGAGAUAUUGCAAGACCUGCGAUUUUGGGAUGUUCUUCGCCUGAUUGCUCACGACAACCCAUCGGUGAAUUAUUCUGUCAUGAGUCACCCCUGGUAUGGAAAGGUUUUCAAACAGAGCAUGGAUUUGCUAGCCCCAAUGAAGGAGACUACGAGGACGUACUGGGACUUUGGGCGCGAAAUGCGCUGGAAACUUGCUCCUCUGGACUCGCCACUAGCACUAUCAGCAGGGUUUGAAUCACAGGCACAUCGUUCCCGACCAGAUUUGUACCCAUUAUUUACCCAGCAACACGACAACUACUGGCAUGAUGCUGAUAUAGGGCAUCAGUACACUGUUAUAAUCAAUUACAUGAAAUUGCGCAUUGCAAAUUAUUUGAAUAGCCUGGAUGGCCUUCAAUUUAAAUUGCUUCCUUACUAUUCCAACGAACCCCACGCUUUACUCGUUGAACGGCUUGAUUUGGACAUCGACGGCUUGAAGCGGCGAUGGAUUGAAUAUAAAAGGGCACAGAGCAAUCUGAUGACACAGAGAGCUCGGCAGCUCACACGUGCUGCUGAUUUACUCGAAGCUAAUCCCGAUAUUCUCAAAUUGGCCUCAGACCCUAGCCAGCAGCGACGGAAGAGUUUAGGACAUAUUAUCCAAAAUAUGCGGGGCAUCGCGCAAAAAAUGUUACAAGGCAGUAUGAUACGAGGAGAUGCAAAUUGUGGCAGAUGCUAUUUCUUUGUUUAUUUCCCCGUCGUACCGUUUGAUGCCUGUCUUCGGAUUGUUCUGAAGAAUAUCAAAGCCCAUCGCAAGAACGGAUCCAGCGGCGUUUAUUCAGAGGGUAGUUCUCAGGACGAAAAUGAGAAGAAGGGUCCCAUAGAAGUCUUCUUAGCUGGCCUUUCCUCGAUAUAUACAGGACGUCACAAAUGGCUGUGGACUAUACAUGAUGCACCGGUAAAGAAAAUGCAGUAUACCGAGUUCACAAACCCAGAACGGAUUCCUAGAGUCAUGGACGGCGACAACCCAUAUGACCCACAACAAGACCCAUGUACCUCGGAGCUAAACUAUGAGCAAUUGAAGUUUGUUUCCGGCUACACAAAAUUUUACCGUUUUCUCUUGUCGCAGAAGACGGUGGCUCUCCGAGACAACAUACAAAUGGCAUGGGACAAGCACGAUGACCGGGAGCUGGAAUGGCUAGAGGCGUUUGUCAAAGUCUACCGGCUUGUCCAAGCGAGCCAACCUGCUACUGCUAAUACCUGAUUAUCUCUGCCUAGCUUAGAAUAUAUUCCUCUUUGGGCCCUGUAGCCCUAACCCAC